AUGCGAUUCGAACAAGGAAGUGAAAAAGUCGGUAUGAUAAAUACAUCUUCAAUACCUGUUUCAAAACCAUUAUCAGUUAUUGAAGAUCCUGAAAUACAACGAACUCGAAAAAUUCUUUUAAUUAUACUUGGCGUGUGUCUUGCUUUCUCUGUAAUCGGAACAAUAAAUGCCAUAUCAGGAAAUGGAAUUUCUAAUCGUAUGCAAGGAACUCAACGUGGUGCACAAAUUGGUCAAUCUCUUAUAUCAGUUAUAUUUUAUGGAUUUGGAAUAUUCGUCGCUUAUCAAUAUUAUGAAACAGGUUUACGAGUGAUUUAUCAAUCAAAUGAAAUAAAAAUUAAUGAUUGUUUCAGUUUAUUUAAAGUAUAG